GCAUAACUGUUUUUCAUUAACAGGAAUCUUUAUAUGUUCAUUGUUUAAACUUUACUUUCCCCAUUCACUUUUUUCAGAUGUAGUGGAUACUUUCCUUACUGUCAACACCCAUCAUUCAAACAAUUUCGUUUACACCUGAUGUACUAUAAUACUUACAUUCUCUUUCCAAUUGGAAAUAUUUCUGAGACUGCUAGUGUCUGGUUCACUUUAGUCUUAUCAAUAGAACGCUAUUUAACUAUGAGUCAAUUGGGUUCAGUUUAUCAGAAGAAACUCAGUGCUCGUUCACCUAAUUUAUCCCCUGUCAACCAAGAAGAAGAAACACUAUACAGUUUAGGGAAUAUAGAUCAAGAAACUCAAAAGACCUUUAAAGACAGAAACACACGCGAAGAGUCGGACGACAACUUAAGAGAACAACAACACAAUUCAAUGAAGACAUGGUGUAUUAGACUGUCUACCCAUUGUCAAUUAUAUAAACCAACCUGUUAUUCCAGAAAGUGCACGCUUUGUACAUGUGAACCAAAGAAAUUUCAGAUCCUACAAAAAUUAUCUUAUUUUAAGUUUUGUAAAUCGAUAAAAAUGUGUUCUUUAGCCAAAUGUAUCCAAUUUUGUACCUGCAGAAAUUGUCAUUCAAAAUAUUCAAUAGUUUUGAUAGCUAUUUUCAGUAUACUAUUCAAUUUGCCUCUAUUUUUUGUUCAGAAAGUUAACAGUGGAAUAGUACCUACUAAACAUUCCACUGAACAAAUGAAUAAUAGUGCUGAGACCAAUGAAUGGAUGCAUACUACAUCUAAGCAUAUGAGUAAUUUAACAACAUCAGACUAUCAAAAUAACCAAAGUCAAACACAAGUUUACAUUGGUCUCACAGAAUUUGGAAGUUCAGAGUUUUACAAAAUCUUUUCAUGGAUACGUAUUAUGCUAGUACAAGUUUUACCUUUAUUAUUUUUAUGUCUGGUGAAUUUCUGCCUAUUCCGGUUCAUACAUAUAGCAAAUAGACGUCGACAAAAAUAUUUACUACCAAAAGGUUUAAAUAAGAAAUCACGACGUUUUGAACUGAACAAAAUAAACUUACAUUGUCCAAAAGCGAAUGGUGGUUCUAGUGCUAGAUGGCAAGCAGCACAGCGUAAAUUAACUAUUUUACUUAUUGUUAUUGUCGGUUUAUUUAUAGCCGGACAAAUACCUCAAGGAUUUGCCUAUAUCACUAUUUUUGAAGCAUUUACUAGUCAUUUCGGUAGUGUAUGUAAAAGAUGGCGUUGUUGUCAACCAUACUUAAUUUAUCGUUCAAUAUCACAUAUGCUAGGCUUAUUUACCUAUGCUAUCAACUUUUUUGUUUAUCUUACACUGAAUAAACAUUUUAAACAACAAUUAAAAAUUUGGUUUCUAUCAAUAUUUCCUAGUAGAAACCAAUUACAAAAGAAGUAUGCAUCAAAACAAACUAAACCAUCAUACUAUUCAUAUAAUCAGUCGAAAUCAGAUGGUUCAUUUGCUAGUCAACAUAAGUGUAAUAAUAAUACAAGACCUUAUUAUAAUAACAGACAUGAUAAUAUAUGGAAAAAAUUUAUUAAUUUAAGAAGACGUUCAUCUAUAUUAUAUUAUGAUAAUAAAAAUAAAAUACUAUCUAUUGAAAAUACAGAUUUUCCAUCUGAAGCUGUUUCUGCACCUGUCGACUUAUACUCCAGUUCAAAAUUAAGACGUAAGGUAGAUUUUAUUCAGAUAGACGAAAUGAAUUCGAUUGAAAUGCCAAAAGGCACUGUUUAUAAUCCAUAUAAUUUAAAUACUAAAGUAAACUCGAUUCAAACACCAGAAUCUCUCCUAUCGAGUAAUCAGCCAAUAACAACAUUAGCCGAUGAUACAUUGAAACAUUUAAUCAUUAAUAAUCCAUGUUAUACAAAUCAACAAAAACAACCACCACCGCAACGACAGUCUACAGUUUCAAGAGGAAAUGAUACUAACUACCAAUCAUUUGUUUCACUACAACCAACAACUAAAUGUCAUACAGAGAUAAAAUAUGGUACAAAUCAUCCAUUAUUACUAUAUAAAACAUUUCGUGCUUAUUAUUCUCAUGAUUCUGUUGUGAAAAAGUGGACAUUUGAAUUGAAUUGUAUGAAUAAUCAACAAGUCGUUCAUGAUAUUCAUUCAAAUACAACAGCUCCACCCUCAUCAUCCUCUUCAUCAUCUACAUCAUCGUCUUCGUCAAUAACACAAAACUAUUCUAUUACCUCUAAUAGUAAUAUAAGGAAUUUAGAUAACUUUCAGCAAGAACAGACAAAUCAGAAACAAUUAAAGGAUACUAUAUUGAAUAAUACAAAUAAUACACAUUGUGUGAAUUUGCUAAUGAUGCAAAAUAGUAAUAAUAACAGUAAUAACAAUAAUGAUCAUACUACCUAUGAUAGUAAUAACAUAAAAGAAAAUUCGAAAAUUUGUAGACAUUCAAUAGUCAAUUCAGAUUCUCAAGGUGUAGGUUUAUCCUUUUCACAUAUUUACUGUCCUCUUGUAUAUAGAGAAAGUGAUUUUGAUGUUAUCUCAGUAGACGAUAGUGUUGAACAACAUGAAACUGAGCAUAAUUCAUUCUUGUAAAAAAAAUCUAUAUUCGAAAAAGAUCACACAGAUGAUAAACUAUGCAUGAAGUUCAAAGUAUCAGUGAAACAUACCUCAUGAUGACAUAAGUUCUAAUUGUAUUAAAAUUAAGAAAAUGGUGUCGAUUGCACUAAACAACAACAAAAAAAACACACAUUGACAACAGAUAAGGCUAGCUCAGGAAAAACAAUUAUUAAACAAUUCACAGUGAAUACAGCAUUUUAUACAUUUAAUAUUUUGUAUUAUUAUUAUUAUUAUUCAGCAUUUCAAUACCCCAUUCCCUCUUUCACUGAAGAACACAUGCUACAUUAUAUUAUACUGUUCCUAGUGUAUACUCACCCAAUACAAAUUAUUCGUGUAUUCCAUUUUACAAAAAAAAAACUACAGAAGUAUUAUUUUUUCGAUAAAUGUAUAUAAAAAGUGCAUUUAUAUUAAAAGGGAAUAUAUCGAGUAUGCAUUUGCUAACUAGCAAUUUUAUUUUUAAACGAAAAUAUGUAUACCAAAAUAUGUGAAUAAAGAAAAAUACAAAAAUAUUAACUGAUUAAAAAUGCCCAUUAAAAUUUUCAAAAGAAUAGACACGGAACAAAGAGUACUCUUUUCGAUAAAUUCAUCAUCAGGUUCUACAAUUAUAUAUACAUUAUAAUGAAUGAAUGAAUUAGUCUUAUGAACGACAUUAAUGUUGUUUAAAUACCAUCAAAUCAAUAAUAUUGAUAGAAUACAGCUCAAUAGCAUCAACAUAAAAUAAGCUGGAUGUCAGAAUAAUUAGGAAAGGUAAUAGUACAAAUCCAUGAGUUUAUAGUCUCUACUGAGGGCCAGGGCAGUAGUAGGGGCUGGACUUGUUUCUUUUGGACACAGAGCACUGGUUGUUUGAGGCGAAUUGCAAUAGCCUCUGCUGUUUGAAGCAUGUGGUGCUUCGACGAUUUUGGUAGUUUGUUAGGCACCCGGUAUAUUAUAUUAUAUUGCCAACAAAAUAUUUCUAUAUUUUAUGAUAAAACAGAGGAUUA